AUGGAAUGGAUCCAGAUGGAGAGUCAUCUCUAUGAUAACCAUCUUACAGCCAUAAAUUAUACUGUUGCGGGGAUUCUCGUGCUCCUCCUUGUAGUGCAAUGGCACCGAACUGCGACUGCCCGUUUGGAUCUGCCCGUGGUAGGCGAUAUCAGUCAGAAAGACUUUCGUCCAGCUCUAGAAGAAGGUGCUCAAAAGUAUCCUAAUACUCCGUUUGUGUUGGCUACAACGAUGCAUCCAACGGUCAUUCUUCCGGUCUCCUUGAUGGACGAAAUCAAGGGGCUGCCUGAGAGUACUAUAUCACUUCGGCAGCGCCAUUAUACCAUCUUUCUGGGAAAAUAUACCGGGUUCGGAGAACCCUGCAAUGAGCUAGAUGUGUCUAUUCGUUCCGACCUCACCCAUCACCUCGAACAAAACCUAGAAAACUUCCAAGAGGAGGUAGCCUAUGCGUACGAUAAGUACGUCGGACAGUGUCCGGACUGGACCGUGAUACCAGUGUAUGACGCCGUGCUCGGCAUUGUCUGCCUUCUCAGCUCUCGUGUAUUUGUCGGCCUGCCCCUCAGUCGAGAUGAAGAUUGGAUCCGUGUCUCCACGCAUUCGGAUACUAAGAGCGACACGCAGAGCGGGGACUUGAUGCGAUAUGUCCUGCGCCAUUACGAGAGCGAGCCACCGAUGGAGCUUCUAGCCCGUGACCAGCUCGUCACUAGCUUUGUUGCCAUGCACACAACCACGAUCUGCAUCACGCAGGCGCUGUUUGACUUGGCCGCCCGUCCAGAAUACAUCCCAUCGCUGCGCGAGGAGCUGGAGGGGGUCAUUGGCAAAGGCGGAACUCAGGACUGUUAUCUGGACAAAGAAUCCGUGGUCAAAUUGCGCAAAAUAGAUAGCGUCGUGCGCGAAAGCCAGCGCAUGAACCCUCCAGGGCUGGUGUCCAUGCUGCGGAAGGUUAUGAAACGCGACGGACUGAAGCUGUCGACAGGCCAAAUUAUCCCUCAAGGCAGUGUGGUAGGCUUCUCCGCCCAUGCUAUAUCUCGCUCUUAUCCCAAUGCCGAUGAAUUCGAUGGCUUCCUGUUCGCCAAAUUGAGGGACACGCCAGUUCAGUCGACCAUGCACCAAUUGACUAAUACAGCCCCCGACCAUAUCAGCUUUGGCCACGGCAGUCACGCCUGCCCUGGGCGAUUCUUUGCGGCCAGUGAGAUCAAAGUAAUUCUAGGGUAUCUGUUGCAGAACUACGAUAUUCGACUUCUCGAUGGGGCUACUAGACUGGAGAGUGUCCACGUCAGGGCAACUGUGGCUCCAGCGCGGGAAAAUAAUUUUUUCCCGCCAAAGAACGACAAUAAAUACCAGCAAGGUAGACCACCUAGGCGUUGA